GACUGUCAAAACGCGGGGAAUUGGAUUCGGUUGAGGCGGUUCUGUAUCUCGCCGGGUGGCACUACACGUGGUAUCGUUGAAAAUAAUCAAUUCCGUGAGAGCCGAGUAAAUAACCUCAAAUCCUGACGGGCACGCGAAGACCCAAAAAAUGUGCAAUUUCCGGGUGAAAGUCGACCUGUCGGCCUUCUACGAUGACGUGAGGCGUUUCAGUUGGGUCUACGUCGACAAAGGCACGGUAACUUGCAUCUGCCACCUUCAAAAUCACAUCGCCAAGGUUUUCGACAUACAACAACCGUUACACUUGCUCCUUCACACCGGCGAGUAUUUACCGCCGAACGAAGACGCCCGUAUUUUGAAAGAAAAUGAAACAAUCGUCGCUGUACCUGGCACUGGAUUACAAAAUGAUCAAGAUUCUGGCAAAGCUGAAUCAGAUGUUCAGGUCGAUACAAGCUCCAUCAUUUCAUCUUCAAAAAAACAUAAACAACCCCCUGCGGAGGAGAAGAAUGAAAAGGGUUCGAUCGCAAAUGGAAAUGAUUUUCACAACUCAACGGAAACUACCAAUGGAAAUACAUUAUUUCUGAGCGUGGUGAAUGAUUCUCAAAUAGAGAGCGCGUCAGAAUCAAAGAUGGAAGUUGGUACGCUGGAUGAAAAUCUGGUGCAAGGUUCGCCACCCUUUAAAAAUAAGCGAAAACGCACACGUCAAAGAAAGUCUAAGACCAAAGAACAGCCAGAAGAACCUGUUGCAGCUGAACUAGUUGAGUCUGAAUACAAGAAGCCAAAGAUAAUAAAUUCGGUCACGAUUCCUAACGGAAAGCAUAUACGUUUUGGCGAUGUCGAGCAGCAAGAAUUUGACAGCUAUGAUAGCUCUGCCUCGUGCGAUUCCAGGAAGCCUUCAACGAGAGAAACCACCCCUCGGAGUAAAUCUGUCCCGAACUCUAGUCUUUCCAAUCUUUUAGCCCUGCGUCAAAGUUCGACACCGAUAACAUUUGCAGCGCAGAAAAAACUUGAAAAAAACCAGCAACCGCAACAUGAUUCCUACGAAGUCAAGGAAUUAUCAACUGAAGAUUGCCAAACCCCUACAAGAUUCACAGAGGUAAAGGUAGAUCCUGAGAAACACGUUUUAAUGGAGAGCAAGGCACGAGUCAACGAUAUCAUUGGGUUCAAGAUGUUGAAGAUGGGCCAAGACUACACGCCGCAAGUUUCAAAGUAUGUGACUGCGCAAGUAUCUCAAAUUUUGCCGGACAAUUCAACCUACGUCUUCGAGAUCAUAGAUGGGAAAAGAGAGAUACAAGCUCCACAGGGAAAGUUCGAUAUUGAGACCGAUGAAACAGAGAACAAAGAUUCGAACGCGUUUGUCCUAAAUUGGUCACAACUCAUUGAACCUCGAUUGAUGUACCGUGGAAGUUCCGAGUAGAUGGUACACUUUUAUCACAGAUCAUCCAUGUUCUUUUUUUUUGUUUUCAUAAAUCAAUAACGCUUUGUUUUUGUCGCACAUGCAAAGGACGAACUUUUUAAAACUGAGAACAAAUUGCCGUUUGCUGUCGAGCUUCGGCAAAGUCGUAAUUUAACGUUGUAUAAGUCUUACAUUUUAUUAUUAUUUUUUCCGUUGAUGUUACAAGUAUCCCAAUUUUAAGAAACGAAAGAUAAACUUUAGAUAUAAGCUGUGUUUGGAAAUGAAUGCGAAGUUUUGUCGACAACAUUCCGCCGAAUAUAUUGGAAGGAGAUAUUUAAAAAUUCGAGAACGUCCUAGUUGGUGAAACUUGAUUGACUGUCAGAAAAUUCAUCAACAUUUAUUUAUUGUAACUGAUCAAUGAAUCGUCUCGUAUUGUUAAAUUUCUUCUGCAUUGUGUUUAGCGCCUGAAUCACCGCAACCCUUCUAGCACCAUUGAGUUUCUCUGGUAAUUCACAGAUGACAGCUCUGCCCAAAGUAACCGCUAAAUAUAGCAAUGCCGUAUUAUUUUUCGGUCUCGCUUAAUUUGUUUACACCUCUAAAUUUCGAUGUAGUUAAAACAGCAUGACUUCAAAAUCGGGUCAUUUUUAUAUCUUAUGUAAAGAGUAAUCGCCGCAUCAAUAAUCAACGUUUCACCAUCGGAGAACCGGCUGAAGAAUCAGUUGAACGUCAGUUAAUUUUAUACAAACAAAUAAUACGUAGAAAACUGUAUAUUCUAAAUUACUUUCACCCGCUGCAUGAGCUUUUUUUUUAUCCCUGUUUCCUCAGCCACACCCGAUGAACGGUUUAAUUUUAUCUUGUCAUCAAUCCUUACCAGCAUUUCAAUUUCGUACGAGAUUUCAACAUUCUUUACGGGUGUACCUGACGUAUGAGAAUGCGCUGCAUAUUGCUGUUUUAAGUUUAAGAUAUUUCUAACCUAUAACGUGAUUGCAAUACUGUAAUUUUGAACUGAAAAGCUAAGAUGCAAUAAAAACUAAUCAUAUUUUAUUAUUA